UUACGACUCUAAUCGUAUUUACUUGUUACAAGACGUCAGAGUUUUUUUUGUAUCAUAAUUAUCUAUAGAACAUCCUAACAUUUUGUGAAAAUUUAAAAAAAAUUUCAUGACAAGGACGAGGGGUAUUAAAUUUUUUUUUCAGUGUUUUGUCGAAGGUAGGCAAUGACAUUGCACUAUAAAUCCAUAAGUUCGGUAUCAGGAUACGAAGGAGGUUGUGUGCGUCUUGACGAGUGCAAAGUGUAAAAGUGAGAAUUUGUGUCACCUGCUUAUCUUCCUGUUGAUUCAAGUAUGGGUAACACAAGUAAGAAGUUAGCAGCGAAAUGCACGCUUCUAACGAAAGAUGAACAGAAGUAUCUUGCGGCUACAUUCAGGGCGGCCAGCAAGAACUCGGAUAAGAUACGCGAGGAGGACCUCAUCGUGAGUGGCAAAUUAGACGCAGUGUUGCUAGAAAGGUUUUGGGGUCCUCAGAUAGACCCCCGACUGGCGCAGUUCCUCACCAACUUCUUGUUCGGGUAUGGACCGAACAAGUCGCCAUCUUGCGACUUCAACAGAUUCGCUGAGCUAUACGUGUAUAAUGUUAGGGGUACGUCAGAGGAGCGUAUGAUGGUGGCAUACAACAGUCUUGGUAUGGACUUCAACGAUACUAUUGAGCUGCCUUACCAACUACUUAGAGAGUAUUGCGAAAGCAUAGCCUCAACAUACAUAAAGGUAUUAAAAUCCGCGUCCUCAAGCCGAGCUAAGACGUGGAUCAACAAGGGGUUCCGUGGACGCGCGUCGCACGUCCAGGCGCUGGGGGAGGCUAUCGCGGCUAGCGUCGAGGGGGACGCUGACGUCACGCUCAACGCUUGCACCUCCAACCAGCUUAACAAAUGGCUACAGCUCAACACGUUACUGCGUCAGAUGACGGAGGCGGUGUUCGUGAACCUGUACGGCAUCAACAAGAAGACUGGCGACGAGAGCCCCGGGCCAGUGGCGAGGGCGGAGCCCUGUCUUAUGCCGUUACCUAUAGGUUUAGACUCGAUGCCGGACUACCCAGCCUUCAUAGACCUGUCGCACAUAGUGUGGCUGAACAGUCACAUCCCGCAGAAACACCAGGACAAGUGGAGGUUCCUGUUCUCCUCACAUAUACACGGCGAGUCAUUCUCCACCAUGACCGGCCGUAUCCAAGAUCAGGGCGCUUCUCUCCUAAUAAUUGAGGACAACUCAGGCUACAUCUUUGGAGGCUACGCCCCUGCAUCAUGGUCGCUGGGCCCCAACUUCGUGGGCACUGAUGAGUCGUUCCUGUUCACCCUCGCUCCCAAGAUGCGAGUCUACCCAGCCACUACGUACAACAACCACUAUCAGUACAUAAACCAUCAUACUAAGACGCUGCCUAAUGGAUUGUUAAUGGGCGGACAAUUCCACUUUGGUGCUAUCUGGGUGAACGGCGACCCGUUCGGCGAGGGCUCGUCGGCGGAGUCGUGUAGUACUUACAAGGGGUACAAGCGACUCAGUAAGGAGCCUAACUUCCGCAUCAAGAGCCUGGAGGUCUGGGGCGUCGGAGACAAACCUAUGUCUUUGAAAGAAUCUGACGAAAGGGAUCUGAGUGUUCUGGACGUGAAUCCUGAAGCGAAGGCUAUCCUGGACAUGGCAGGCCGCACGAGACACAGCGAGGGGAUCCGUGAGCCGCCGCCAUUAUAAUGUAAAUACCUAGACUAGAUCUAACACUAACUAGCCAUAAUUACCUCCUAUAAAGUCUUAUUAUAUGAACAGUGGUUUAUGUGAGUUUGGUAUAAAAUGUGAAAUAUUUUUUUUGUGUUUAUGUAGUUGCUAUUGCGAUUGCGAAGUAUAGUGUUUUAUGUUCGAUUUUUUUGCGUUGAAUAAAUUUUGGCUUCCUGUAUUUUCACAUAGAUUUGCCCUUCUAUGUUCGUUUUAUACUUAGAUGUAUUUUCUUUUAAAUUAUGUUUAAAUUCUAUACCGAAGCGAAAUUAUAAGACUUUAUAGGGAAGUUUAAAAUUGAUAUAAUUAUAUGAAAAUUUAAAGUUUAUACCAAAAUUAGCUGUAUGCCAGUCAUUAUGCGUAUAAGGUAUAAUUUAUACGAAUAACGUAUUGUCAAUAGUGCGUUAAAGGUAACUAUAAAAACAUUUUCUUUAAUUUAUUAUAAUAUGCAGUUGACUUGAGAAAACAUUUACAAAUUCACGUAAAACUUAACCUUAUGUUUUGGAAAUAAGGUAUAAUUUCAAACAGUAUCAACAAGUGCCAUAUAAACAAAAUAGCAUGCAGCAGAUCGUAAUUUACGAUUACUAAGUUUAAGCUUUUGAUUUGGCUUUCAAGUAGCCCAAAAUACACAUAUUCAAUUCCAAAAAAAUUUAACUUACCUACUUUUGCACACCCUAUAUGUCAAAAUACAAGCAACUAUUAAAAAAAAAACAAUUCCAGAUUUAAUUUUAACCUCAUAAAAUUACUGCAUACAAUAAUAAAUCUUGUCAAUAUCAAAAUAAGAACUAUUAUCCUAUAUCAAUUAGUUACCCUUGAUGUGCUAUUGACAGUGCUUGAUACAUAAUUAUAUGUCAAGGUAUUCAAUGAAGUAUUUAAUUGUUAAAAUAACCUUUUUCAAAUAUCUUUGGUUCAUACCAUUUCGAAUUUUCGUACCGAUAUUCCUCAAAAAUAUACACUGUAUAUAUAGCUUUUGUAGCUAGGAAGUCAUUAUUUUUAUAUAUGUACCUACGUUCCUACAUAAAUGUAUUAUUUAUUUACAGAAAUCUAUAAC